CUGUAAAUGAACACUGUAUUGUGCUCAUACAAAAGUUGUUUCCCCUUGAAAAAAAGCUUGCCGGUUUGAGAAAUAAUUGUUUAUUUUUAAUUCAGAGGCAAUAUAGUAUUUAAAGUUUAAAAUGCCUGUUGAAUCCGUUGUGGAAGAACAGCCGAAAGAGACUGAAGCUCCAGUCGACAGAGAAAAGACAUGUCCUUUGUUACUGAGGGUAUUUUGUAAUCAGGGUAGACACCAUCAGUUAGGUGAUUUCCAGAGAGGACAGACACCAAGUAAUGAACUUCAAAUUUAUACAUGGAAAGAUGCAACAUUGAAGGAAUUAACAAGUUUAGUAAAAGAAGUAAAUCCAGAUUCUAGAAGAAAAGGAACAUUUUUUGAUUUUGGCAUAGUGUAUCCAGAUUUAAGAACUCCAGUGUAUAGACUACGGGAAAUUGGUACAACCUGUUCUGGUCAUAGAGGUCAAGAUGAUAAUGUUACUUUAGCCUCCAAAAGAUUUCAGACAGGAGAUUAUAUUGACAUAGCCGUCACUCCACCAAGAAGUGGUCUUCCAAUGAGAAGAGGUGGUCGGCCAUUUUGAAUUUAAUGUAAAAUAUUUUAUACUUGAAUUUAUGAAUUGACUUUUGUUAAAAAAGAAGGGUCGACAGAGAAAGGCAGGAGAAAUAUUAUGGUUUACUUGAAUAAUAUAAUAGGCAAAACUGUUUAAUACAUACAUUGAUGAUAAUUUGAAUUGUGCUGAUGUGGUAAUAAAAGAAAAAUGUGUAAACCCGGGACAAAAUGAAAGAAGUAUUGUAAACGAUCAUGUACUGUCAUGUAAUAUUAAAUUGUAAGAUAUGUAUGACACUGUUUUAUUAGCUUAAACAUUUUUUUUUAACUAUUUAGAUAUUAAGUAAUUAAGGUCAUUUAAAAAAAAUGGAAAUAAAUCAUUUAAAUUAGAACUAUAAAUAUACAGGAUAUUCCAGGAAAAAAAGGUGUAUUCUGGGAAAAGGCUGUCUAUAUAUAUAUACAUAUAUAUAGCUAGAAAAUCAAGGAGUACCACCAACAGAAUAAAACUAAAAUGCAAUAUUUGUAUUACUUUCUGUAAUAGCCCUGAGGAAACAUUCUUUCAUCAUGGUUUAAAUAAAUCAUCUGAUUGUUAUUUUAGCACCUGAAUCAAAUUUCAUUAAAUCAUUUUACAUUGUACAAAAUAAAAGUUUCAUUUUUAAA